UCGUUGUCUCUAUUUUGGAAAUCCGUGUGUCCAGCUCAGUCAUGAGUGAAACGCUGAACAUCCAUCUCCUCCAUUGUUUACUGUCUCCACAUUCUCUCCGUCCUAUUUACACUAACUGUGCCCCUUCGUGAUUGCGACACUUUUGACCGUGACACGGCAGACCCAGGGAGUUUUUAAGUUUCUUUUACAGUUUGCGCAAUCCUUUACGGAGAGCGAACAAACUUAAUCACAACAACGCGUCAAUCGGUUUAUAGUUGAAACGCAGUUUCCUAUCAUCGAAGUUUUCAACGUGGUGUAACGAACAAGGGGGGGGGGGGGGAGAACCGGGUCGCCGGGGAGCUAGCAUGCUAGUUAGCAUAGCCUUCAGAGUACCCGGUUACAGUUGCCUAGCGACCAGUAUCCAGGCGCUGCAGACAGCGAGCUAGCAUAGAGAGCUCGGUUCGGUAGUUGAGUUAGCUUAGCUUCUCGUCAGGAAACAUGGUCACAGGGAUAACGUGUGUUAUUAGCCGGAGCUAAUAGCUGCUAAUGCUAUUAACACACCGUGUGAUGUGAACUACAAACACAGCAAAGAGCGACUGACGCAGUUCGCAGAAUGUCUUCGCAGUGAAAAGCAUGUCCCAGGUUUAGCAGUUAGCUUAAAGUUGAUAAAACCUCUGAAGUUGAGCAGCCCGAGAGGAAGAAGAGCGACCUCCACAGUCCUCGUCCAUGAAGUCAGUGGAGCUCCACAUCUGAACCAUGACCCUCAUCGACCCUGGGGAUGAUCAACAAAAUUUAAACACAGUUGUUUUUGAACCUACAUUGGUUGCAGCAUAAACAACACCUCUACUCGGGUUUCACUCCUCCGUCAGAUGGCGUUCUGCCUGGCUGAGCUGCACUUGUGGUCCACCAAGAGCACACUCCAAGUUAAAGAUACAGAUAUUGGCACCUAUCAGUACUACGAUAAAGGAGAGCCAGCCAUUUCCCUGGAGCAUCACUACUACAAUGAGAAACUCCAAUUCUGUGAAGCUCGAGGCUAUUCGUGGAACCCCAGGAACCGCCGACCAGAGAAGCUACGCGAUUCGUUGAAGGAGUUGGAGGAGCUGUUGCAGACCAACACCUGUGUUCACACCAGAUGGCGAAACAAGAAUUGCUGCCAGGCACUGUGUUUUACAUUGUCGCUGCUGAGCGAUAGGCUGAUCCUGCUGUCCUUCCUGGAGCAGAACCAAGUGGCUGCAGUUUUCCUCAACAGGAAGAACCAGGACUCCCCAGAGAGUGGCAGGAGAACAGACAAACUCUCACCCUCUGAAAUCAAGGUGGUGUCUGUGGAGGUGGGCACACGCGGUUGUAGGCUUCGCAGACACGUGGGUCUCAACCGUCUCCAGGAUGUGGCGCUCUGCUGGUGGAACUUAGACGAGGCCGGUGAGGAGCUGUGGCCCUGGACUCCUACAGACGCACACAGGAACAACCUGGUCCUCCUCAGCUGCUCACCCACUGAAGGUCUCAAGGUCCUCAGCUCUGUGCGGACAGAAGGUAACCCCCUGGACUGUCGCUUCAGCCUGUUCCAGCCCUACCAGCUGCUAACAGUAGAGCUACCCGCAAUACCCCAGGGGUCUGAAGAAGGGUCCUGGGCUAACACCUGUGUGUACGAAUCUGCGCGAGGCCGCCUGCACCGGCUGUCCGUCACCCGCAUCCCACUGCCAUCCCAGCCCAUUGCCUGUUCACGACACCCCUUAGAAACCACGCUCCUCCUGGGCUUAAGUGACUCAUCCUUGGUCCUGUACGACCAGCGACGGGGGGUCUCUCUCCUUGCCUCUUGUCCUGUGCCACCUAACCUCCUGGCCUGGCACCCUGCUGGAGCUGUGGUCAUGGUAGGGGGAGGGCAAGAAGAGCUGAUGUGCUUUGAUGUGGGCUUGGCACCUGUGAACGUGGCACUGGUGGCGGAGGAGGUGGCUUCAGCCGCUACACUAAGACUUCCUCAGCACCUGCGCUGCUCUGGAGGCCUGGAGGGGCUGCAGUGGGCCACAGGCCUGGAAGGAGGCCCAGAGGGGACAGAUAUGCUGAUGUUGGCCUUUCAUGAGGGACCACUGGCAGUUUUGAGAUUCAGACUAGGGGCUCUGACCGGAGGCCAGAUGGGUCCAGGGGAGCUGCUGCAGCAGCGGCUGCUCUGUGGCCAGGUCAGAGAGGCCCUGGGUAUCCUGGAGUCCAUGGACUGGAGCAUCAUGGGAGAUGAAUGCUACCGAUGCCUGAGCUCAGUCACUAACUACCUGCUGAGGCUGGAGCUGAAUGCAGAGAGAGAGGCUCAACUCGAAGCAGCUCUGGGUGUGUUUUAUUCGCCGCCUGCUCCUCUCUCUGAUACGGUGAUACUGGAGUACAGGGAGCCAAUCAGCAAGUACGCCCGCCGGUUUUUUCACCACCUCCUCAGACACCAGCGCUUUGAGAAGGCCUUCCUCCUCGCUGUAGAUCUGGAACACAGAGAUUUAUUCAUGGACCUCCAUUAUGUCGCCAGUGACGAGGGCGAGGUGGUGCUAGCGGACGUGGCCAAGAGGAAAGCUAAUGAAAUCGAGGCCGAGCCUGUCGCAGGCAACGAAGAUCUUCUGAGAGGCAGAAAUGAUGUGUGUGGUUCGAGCCUCGGUAACAGACAGACGGAGCGGAACCAAAGUGCAGUCGGACCAUCGUACUCAGGGACACCCACAACACAUGUUGAUGGACGAUUCUGUCCGAGAAGACAACAGGCAGAGAGCACACACGUGACUGUGACUCCAGACGUGUUCAGGACACUGAGACAAACAGGAAGCGCCGACGCUGACAGAGACGAAGAAGACGACCCCGGGACGCUUCACGUGGUCCAUUUAGGAAUGGUUUGAAAAGAGACACAUACGAUUUGAGAGGUACUUUAUUAAACUGAGGGGGAAAGUGAAGGAACACAACAACACCUCCUCAAUAUCAGACUCUUUUGUAUAUAUAUUUUUAUAUACAAACUAGUUUCUCACUUAUGUAAUGUGUGGGGAUAUUGUACACACACACACACACAGAUGACUGUAUAAAUGAUCAACGUGGAGUGUUAGUUUUUUUUAAUUGUCAGUUUUGAUAUAGCGACACAGAAAACCAGUGUGUGCUGAGCCAGAAGCCUUUAUUUUUCUUACAGCUGUCAUAGUAAAUGUGUAAAAUUUCCACCCAGUCAAAAACAUUGAAUGGGUCGAGGUUAUUUUCUGUCUUAGUGAAAAAGAAAAGUGUUCUACCGAUUUCCUCCUUUUAAAAACAUGACAAAAAAUGUUUGAAACCUUGUCAUUAAUCAGCCUGAAAAAUAAAGACUUCUAUUAUACUUCCAUCACCACUGAUAUUGAAUGUUCCAGGCUGCCUCUGUGUGAGUGUGUGUGUGAAGAGAUGUGUGUGUGUGUGUUGGCCGAGAUUACGGGCCACAGUUUUAUUCAUGAAUAGGAGCCAACCAGGGACUUUAAAGCAUCGCGCGGAGCCUGUUUCCUGAACAGCAGCCAUAGCCGUGUCAGAGCUGUCGACGCGCUGCGCUCACCGACUAAUCUGACAGCGCCGCGCGAGCCCUAAUCCCUCACUGUAUCGUAAUCUAUUUACUUUGCAUUCUAAGAGGAUUUCCACCAAAAAAUAUACAAGAAGCGAUGUUGGAAAUGGACAGAAGAUCAGCGAGGAUGCUUUUCUGCUCCUUUUUUUUUUUGUUUUGUUUGCUUUAAAAAAAAAAAAUCAUUGUAUGUUUUUUGGGGAGUCAAUCCCCUGCGAGAGGGAAGGGUGAAAGGAAUUACAUUUCUGACUGAUACUAAUACUUCUCUUAUGUAAACAUCAAAAUGUUAUAUUUCCCUUCCGAUGAUACAGUCACUCUGCAGAGGCUGCUGCAGAUAAGUGGCAUCUGUCGCUGCCUUUAGUGCAUCUCUUGACAUGUUUUUAAUUUACAAACCAAGGCUGCAUUAUCUCCUGAUUGUUUGAUUUGACAGCUCGAAUAAAAGCUGAAAAAUUGCUUAACAGGCGAGCACAAGUUCCUCCCAUCGCUCCGAUGGCCUACACACAGU